CGCAUAGUUGGAGCACGCGGUACGAGCGCGCGUCUCUAUAGUUAACCGAAAAAGGAGAAACGAUUGUGCUCGAUUCUAUUACGAAUGCUGCAACGACGGACGUUGCUCUGUACAUUUUGUAAAAUUACUCAAUAGCUUUCGCGCUAUAUUAUGUGAAUACGUUAUCGUUACAUUCACCGGAAGGAAAGGUGUGCAAAAAAAUCUCUCAGAAAAGAAAAGCGAUAUGUUUUUUUUUAACAGAUGAUGUGUUCAGGAGGAUUUGCAGGAUUUAACGACGCCGCUCCAACAAGCGAAUCAAAUGAUCGUGUGAGAAACUACCAGCAAAAUUACGCGACUAAAAACGUUUAUGUCCAACGAGAUGCCUACGAACUGUUGACUUUGUAGCAGAUAAAUUGACUAACGUUAAACACAUCCCGGUCAGCUGCUUUAGUUGAAAUAACGACGACGAGAGGAUGCAGCACGCCGGUUACACCUGAAAACCACUCACCAUUCAUUACAAGAGAUCAAAUUGCCUGUGGUUGUGUGACUUCUGAACGGGCCAGAUGAAACUGUUGCAAAUGGAGAUAAGGAAAAUACAAUAAUAAGAACCAAAUUAAACCGUAAGGAUACACCGGGAAAACAAGCACCCUCUGAUACAUCUGUGAUCUCAAGGGUACAUAAAAGAGAAGAACAGAGAACAGCUAAGGAACUUUAUUAAAAGCGUAAGAGGCUGAUCACAGAGAGAGAGAGACGGAGACUGACAGAGAGCCAGAACACAGGAGGGGGAGGAGAAGGAGGAGUGGGAAAGGUCAAUCGCUAUGGCGACAGACCCAGGAGAACCCACUGCCACGGAGGAGUCCUCUGGAGAGAAACCUGAUGGAGAUAGGGAGGAGGAGAAUAACCAGGGCGACAGGGCUACCCGUGAGGGAGAGGGAAUGCACGGAACUCCAUCUAACUUCGCCUCCUCCCUGACGCAGGAAAGGAGAGCAGGAGGAGCUGGAGGAGGAGUGGAGGACAGUAAAGAAACUGAGGCGCCGGUUAGACCUCUGACCUUCUUCAUGCCCACCUCCCUAGCACUCCACGAGCCCUGCCGGAGACGGGAGAACAAGCGCUUUUUCCGAAAGAGUGUGGAGAUAUGUGAAGAGGACGACGAGGUGGAGGAAACCUCCGGCGCCCCUCACAGCGCUCCUCACCUCGAGUUUUGUGCCUCUGACUCUGUUUUCAGCAGCGGAGCCCAGCAGCUACCCGCCAGUGCCUCUGCCGCCUUAGGUGAGGAUGGCACUUACGGCACACAGGACUCUAAUAAGAAUGGUCUUUCUGCGACCGCUCUGAAGGGGAAAGAGAGAGAUCGAGAACUGGAGGAAGAGGCGGAGAUGAAGGCCGUAGCCACUUCACCUGGUGGUCGUUUUCUUAAAUUUGACAUUGAACUUGGAAGAGGAGCAUUUAAAACCGUUUACAAAGGCUUGGAUACAGAAACUUGGGUGGAGGUCGCCUGGUGUGAACUUCAGGAUCGAAAGCUGACCAAGGCAGAGCAGCAGCGGUUUAAGGAGGAGGCAGAAAUGCUAAAAGGUCUACAGCACCCCAACAUUGUGCGUUUCUAUGACUCCUGGGAAUCAGUACUUAGAGGAAAGAAGUGCAUCGUUCUGGUGACUGAGCUUAUGACCUCAGGAACGCUCAAAACGUAUCUUAAGCGCUUUAAAGUAAUGAAACCCAAGGUUUUACGCAGCUGGUGCCGGCAAAUCCUGAAGGGUCUACAGUUCUUGCACACCCGCACACCACCUAUUGUGCACCGUGACCUCAAGUGUGACAACAUCUUUAUCACUGGCCCCACUGGGUCUGUAAAGAUUGGUGACCUGGGCCUUGCCACCCUAAUGCGCACAUCAUUUGCCAAGAGUGUCAUAGGGACUCCAGAGUUUAUGGCCCCUGAGAUGUAUGAGGAGCAUUAUGAUGAAUCGGUGGAUGUCUAUGCCUUUGGCAUGUGUAUGCUAGAGAUGGCUACAUCAGAGUAUCCAUACUCAGAAUGCCAAAAUGCUGCACAGAUCUACCGCAAAGUCACCAGUGGUAUCAAGCCGGCCAGUUUUGAUAAAGUAAAUGACCCGGAGGUAAAAGAGAUCAUUGAGGGCUGCAUUCGCCAAAACAGAUUAGAGCGACUCUCAGUUAAAGACCUUCUAAAUCACGUCUUCUUUGCGGAGGACACCGGGGUGCGUGUUGAACUUGCAGAAGAAGACACGGGAUGCAAAGACUGCCUGGCCCUGCGGAUCUGGGUUGAGGAGCCAAAGAAACUCAAAGGCAAGCACAAAGACAAUGAAGCCAUUGAGUUCAGCUAUGACCUGGAGAAUGACAGUGCCGAAGAGGUUGCGCUGGAGAUGGUGAAGUCUGGCUUUUUCCAUGAAAGUGAUGCCAAGGUGGUCGGGAAGUCCAUCAGAGACAGGGUGACGCUGAUUAAGAAGUCCCGUGAAAGGCGCCAACAGCAGCUCCUUCAGCAGCAGCAAAGUCUGGUUGAGCGUCGUGACUCCUCAGUACUCAGCUCCUCUUUUUCCUCUGUCCAUCCCACCUGCCCCUCCUCACUGGGUCCUGGAGUUUCGGCAGCAGCUGGGGGUCUGGGGGAGCCAGAGGACCUGCCAGAAGUGGACCAGCAUGUCCAGCAGCAAGGCAAUGCAUUUGGCCUCAAAGAAGGUGAGAGCCUUUCUGCCGUUGGUAGAGAUCCUUUCUCAAGUGGACAAAGCCAAGCCUUUUCUCUCCCUGAGUCAGGGAACGCUUGUGUUCAAGUUCAAACCAGCUACCCCACAGGCACCUCUGGAGUGGAAGGUGCAGGGGUUGUGUCUCAUCCCCAACUGCUCCCUAUGGGUCAGAGCGGAGGGGUUCAGAAUGUGCCUAUUGGCCAGAAUGGUGGGAUGUCUGGCCUUUCCAUUGGCCAAAGUGGUGGUGGUGGACCUAACAUUCCUGUGGCGCAGACUUUCAUUCAGCCAGUCACUAUGGCAUCACAGGUCCCUUUAAGUGUGCCUCAACAAUAUUCUCAGCCCCUCCCACCCUACUCAGCAGAUGUUACACCCUCACAGAUGUUACAUCCUCGGCUUGGUGAUGCCUCCACUCCGCACAGUUCCCCUUUGCAGUCACAGUCAUACAUCCCCUCAGUUACUCCCCAGGCCCCUAUGGCUGUCCUCACUGCCUCUGUCCCUGCUGGAGAGCCCAUAGCAUCAGCAGGCAACAUUAUGCCCCUUACGCAGACCCAGUCUAGUAUUGCUUCAGUUCAACCCACUGACAUUUUGCCCCAACAAACCAUUGUUCAGCCACAACAACAGGCCAUGUCAGAUUUGCCCGAAACGCUACAACUGAACAUCCAGCAUCCAACACUACAACAGCAAGCAAAUAUAGUGCAACCCCACCAAGCAGUACUGUUACCACAGCAGAUAGAUCAGGGUCAGCCAACGACUGUUUUGUUACAGCAGCAUGUAGAACAACCGCAGGUGAUUUUUCAGGAACAGCAGUCACGGUCCAUUUCAUCCCAGCAGUCAUAUAUUCCAUUGCCACAGCAGCAACAACCAACAUUGCCCAACCCACAGCAGCAGGUGUACAUACAACAUCCUGCAGAAAAACCCCAACAAGAAGUGAUACAGCAGCAAGUUCAGCAAACUUUAGUACAACAGCCCUCAGUGGAACAAUAUCAGCAACAGCAGGCGCAGCAAGUUUACUUGCAACAAAUGGCUGAAUCGCAAGAGCAGAAUAUUGUCAAGACCAUGGUACAACAGCCACCGGUACUUCAAACAAUUCAGCAGCCGCUACAGUUGGCAGAACAACAGCAGCAACUUCUGAUUAGGCAACAAUUGGAUCAACAACAAAAGGCCAUCUUGCAGAAUCAAAUGGAACAACAACGUCAGCAGCAAGUUGAGCAACAACAAAUUAUUCUGCAGCAAAGCAUGGCAGUGCAGCAGCAGAUGGAGCAACAGCAGCAAGCGCUACAACAACAGCCGAUAGAACAGCCGAAACAAAACAUUUUGCAACAACAGGUGGAACAACAAAGACAACAGCAACAGGUUUUAUUUCAGCAGCUGGAGCAACAGCAGGCAAUCUUGCAGCAGCAACAACACGAACAACAGCAGGCUCUUUUACAGCAACAACAGUUAGAGCAGCAAGCCUUGCUACAACAACAACAACUCCAGUUAAAGCAGCAACAAGCCUUUUUACAUAAGCAACAGUUAGAGCAGCAACAACAGGCUUUGUUGAAACGGCAACAAACUAUUUUACAGCAGCAACAGCAAUCGCUUCAACAGCCAAAACAAUUAGAGCAGACAGUACUUUUACAGCUGCACCAGCAGCCGCAGACGUUACAGCCUCAACCCCAGAAGCCAACAGAAAUUUUUCAACAGACUGAGCAGCAACAACAGAGAGAGUCACAAAUGCAGCAGCAAGUUUUAAUGCAACAACACAACAUUGAAUUACAGCGACAACAAGCUGAGAAACAAGUUUUAUUGCAGCAGCAACAACAUUUAGACCAGCACAUUGCUCUGGUAGAUCAAAGUGGGCAGCAACCAAACAUACUGAAACAACCAGAAACAAUCCAGCAAAUUACUCAAAUACCACAACCCCAGCCAAUAAUAUCCCCACAACCUCAAUCUCAUUCAAGUCUUUCCCAACAACUCGCAGAACAGCAACAGGUCCUAAUUCAGCAGCAGCAAGCAGUCGUCCCUCAGCCGUCACAUAGACCUCUGGUAGAGUUACAAAUUCCAACCAUGAUUCAAGCUCCACCGCAGAUGGUUAACACACAGGUACCUAGUCAAGUUCCAGCUCCAAUACUUGUACAUCAGCAGAUGCCACCCCAGAUAUCAGCUCAACCAUCUGUGCAAAUGGAAGGACAAAUCUUGUUGCAGUCCCAUUCUGUACCACAGUCAAUAGGAGGACACUUCCAAGCAAGCCAGUUGCAAGUUCCACAACCAUCCCAACAGAUCACAUCUCCAACCCAGGUGCAACACAUUCCCUCUUUUGUCCCAACUCAACCACCAAUGGUUUCCCAGGGGCAAAGCCUUCCAGCACAAGCUCAGAUGGUCCAAACUCAAGUCGGAGCUUCACUCCAGUGUCAGGUUCCGUUAGUGCCACCCGGACCUGCAUCUCUUGUGCAUCCUCCAUUGCAGUCCCAAGUACAGGCCACCUCUACGCUUCUGCCCACACCAAAUUUACAAGCAGCUGUAACUCCGCAAACCAUUCAGUCAGUUCAGAUAGACCUCACCCAAACUGUGAAACAGCCUCCGCAAUAUCGGCAAACAGUGCUAUCUCCGGUGUCCCUUGCAACUGCCAUAGAUCCAAUGGCCACUUCAACACAGUGUUAUUUGCAACAGGCGAAGCAAAUGCAACCCCAAGCUCAACCGCAGCCAAUCAUACCAGCUCUGCAACAGCCAGUGAAUGUAGCUUCUGUGCAGACAUUCUUGCAGCCUCAAGCCCCCCAACAGUCUCAAGCCCAUCAUGUGCACCAGCAUCAGACCCAACCUGUUCCACAGCUUCUGCCACCAGCCGCUGUACUACCCCAAGAUCUCCAUCAACAGCCCUGUCAACCUCAAACUGUUCUUCAACAUGUUCUACAUAUUACACAAAGUCCGAUACCCCAGACACAAGGCAGGGCAGUACCUCUUUACAGUCAGGUAGUAUCAGGUCCAGCCACUCCCCCCCAAAGCCAACAAAAUCCAAACCCCCCACAUGUUCAAGCCUACACACAGACUAGCAUGCAGCCACAAGCACUCUCAAAUGCACAGUUUCAUGUCCAAACACAAGCUCUUACCAACACGCAGACCCACGCAGAGGCUAGUUUUGAGCAGACUGCUUAUAAACCUCCACAGAUCCCCCAAAGUCCAUCUCAUUCUUCCCUACAACCCUCCGCCACUCUCUCAACUGUACAGCCGACUGUCCCGGUGUCAGAACUUUCAGUUCCUGCAGAGGCACAGCUAACCCUGACCAGGCCAGUUGCUUCCCCUCCAGCUGUCAAUGCUUCACAGUCCCAUGACUAUAAUGGCUCUGUGUUGCCUACCACCUCCCUGGCAGACAGUGAUGCUGCAUUGCUGGGCAUUGCUCAGGAGAGUGCAAAUCAAGCUGCCAACAGAAGCUCUUCAUCAGGCUCUGUUCCUGCCAAUGGAGAUGAUUCACAGUUGGUGUGGGCUAGUGGAAAAGCAGAAAAGGCAAAAUCCCAGAGAAGAUUGUCCUGUCAGAAGACUGAAAAAAGUCAUUUUCAGCUCAGUAUGCUGCAGGUCUCAAACACCGGGGACAACAUGGUGGAGUGUCAGCUGGAGACUCAUAGCAACAAGAUGGUCACGUUCAAGUUUGACAUUGAGGGAGAUGCUCCUGAGGACAUUGCGGAUUACAUGGUGGAGGAGGACUUUGUCCUUGAGCCUGAAAAAGAGAAAUUUGUUGAGGAUCUGAAGGCUAUUGUUAAAAAAGCUCAAGGAAUUCUAAGCACUCAGACUGGGUCAGUGGAGCAGCUCCAUGGGAGCACUCCUUCCAGUGCAACGGUAGAUUCAGCUCCUCAGUCUUCACCAGUGGGUCGGUGGCGGUUCUUUAUUAACCAAACAAUUCGCCAUCGCGACUCACACUCAAACCAGGGGGCCUCCACUCCCCCUCCAACUGGAGAAAGCAGAGUUCCUAAAUCCACAGAAACUGAGAACGACCAUGAGAGCCCUCAGCGCUCAGAGUCUUUUGCCGGGAUAGCAUCUUCCCCAAGUUCUUCUCUGUCUGCAUCUCCUCCAGUAUCUACUGUAUCUGCCCCAGCAUCCAUGUCGGUUUCAGCCAUCGCCACACAAAAAGACAUAGCAUCUCCUGCAUUAUCAACAGUAGAAAAAGUUUCCUCUGCUCCCUUGUCUGCAGGCUCAGUUCCUGCCACACCCUCAAGCAUUCCUGCCUCUCCUUUUCCUCCAGCAGUCACAGAUCAAGGAGAUACGGCAGAAAAAGGUCAUAGCAUUUCUAAGGGUGAACAGCCUCUCACUAGCGUUUCUGCCUAUGGGACACCUCCAACAUCACUGGCGGGUCAUGCUGAUGCAUUGCAGCAGUUGGGAGCUCAAACCCAAAUGGCUGCCUCUCAGAAGCCAGAGAUACUUAAACAAACCCUGGCACCACACCAACUCAAAGACACCCAGGCAAUACAGUCAACAACGGGCGCAACCGAACAGAUGAAGGCUCAGCCACAGCCGAUUAUGCCUCAGCUGCAUCAGCCAGGUCACACAGAGUCAAAAAUAAUAUCGCAGGCAAUGCCAAUGGAGACUGUUCUGCAACAAGGAGGUCUUCCAACAGCCCAGCAGCCACAACUACACCAUGUUCAGCAGUCUGAGCUGCAACAGGUCCCACACCAACAGGUACCAGUUGAAUCUCAACAACCGCCAAUGCAACAGACAGCGUUCUUGCAGCAAAACAUUGCUGACCAGAUGCAACAGCAAGCAGUGAUACCACAACAGGUAGUCCCUGUAGAACAAUACGUGUCUCAAGAGACAAUGCAGGCCCCAACAAUGCUGACCAUACACCCACAGCAUGGUUUACAAACUCAGGAUCCCCUACAGCAUCGAGCACAGUGUCAUCCUGCGAUCCCGCAGCAGCUCCCUACUGAGCAAACACAUGUGGUGCAGGUUGCACAUGAUAUGAUAGACUCCCAACCUAUAACACAAACCUCAGUGCCACAAGCCGUGCAAGAGCAAACAUCUUGCCAGCACUCUGAGUUGGGGUUGUCCAUGGGUGAGGCCAACGUUGAAGACCGCGCCAGUCACUCUGCUCAGCCCUCUUCAGACGCAUCUCUCCCACCCCUCCCUCUCUCCGAUACAGCUCUCCCGACCCACUCCCACACAUUCACACCGUCUCCAGCCCAGCCCUCCUCAGUAGCCGAGUCAGACAGUGAAGGCCCCCCUAAAAUCGAGUUUGUGGACAACCGUAUAAAGACGUUGGAUGAGAAGCUAAGGACUUUGCUGUAUCAAGAGCACAGCGGCAGCGGAGCAACACUUGGAGGUGGCUGUACUGCCGGCCCCGCCCCUAACUCCGCCUCUGCAUCGGCUGUAGCCUCCACCCUAGUGGGAGGUGAUGAGUCUUCAGAGCCCCACUCGCUGCCCCCCAAUGCAAUCUCCCCUCCUCCUGCCAUCUCCUCUGACACCUCUCCACACUCCACCUCCUCCACCACCCCUCGCUCUUCCUCCACCUCUCCAGAGAGGGAAAAGGAGUGUGCAAGUGAGGAGGAGAUGGGUCCGCCUGCUCCAGUCUCCUCUGGUGCUGUGCAACGUCAGCCUGCUUCAUCCUUCUCCUCUACAUCCCUUCCCUGCUCUCUCCUCACCCCACUACAGGAGCCCGGAUCGCCAUCUGUGCCCAGUGAACCCUCAGUAAGCGCCGCCCCCUCGCUAUCUGAAAGCUGCACCCCUGGAGAUGUUCUGUUACCUUCUUCCUCUGAGCAGCCUGCCCCCUUGUGGCCUGGAGAGCAGCUGCAGCACAAUGAAGGAGGUGGAUAUUUUGGCCUAAACCUGACAUGUCCUAGUAUCAGAAAUCCUGUUAGCAAGAAAUCCUGGACUCGCAAAUUCAAAAGCUGGGCGUGCAAACUACGCCACUCCACCAGCUUGUUCAAGAAGCCCAGAGUCCAGCAAGAUGGUGACUCCAGCUGUCAGGGGAUGAGGCAAGACACGGAUGCAUCAACAGAUGUCCAGCCCUUCUCACAUACGGGACGUUUCCAGGUGGUUCCAGUGUCCCAGCCCACAGAGCCCCCACCACUACAGGAAGCUGUACCGAGCCAAGGGGUCACGCAGAGAAAGGUGGGGCGUUUCUCGAUCACCCAGGCCGAAAAGAGAGAGGAACAUUUGACAGACAGCUCCCCCGUGUCACCUGACCUAGAACGAGAGAGGAGGAAACAGAAAGCAAAGGACGGUGUUAAAGAGGAGAGGAGAACCACCGCGCUCAGCCACCCACCCAGGAGUCACGCUCACUCCCCCCUGGGCAGCAGUGAUGAGAGUGAGGUGGAGGAUGAAGAUUUAAGGAGAGAGUUGCAUAAGCUAAGAGAAAAGCACAUCAAAGAAGUGGUGUCCCUGCAGGCACAGCAGAACAAAGAACUGCAGGAGUUGUACAGACAGCUUCACACUCUGAAAGACCACAGACAGUCACUGUCCCUGCCCCGGACCCCCCCUCUCUCCAACGCAUCCCUCGCCAUCUCCCCACGCAGACCCAGACCCACCAAAGUCAAGCUCCGGCCCCGACCCCACUCACACAUGGACAACAACGGAAUCACACAUCAAGGGAGUCUUCAGCAGUCUAGCAGUUAUUCAGGUGGGGAGCAUAGCAGACUCCACUCAUACUGCAAGCCAGAGAAGAACGCUUCACUGACCACUAAAAGAGACCAGAGUCCCUCAGCCCAGGGUUCUGCCAACAGAACAAGCACAUUCACAGAUGAUCUGCACAAACUUGUCGAUGAGUGGUCAAAAGAAACUGUUUUCCCUGUUCAACCCAAGCCCUCGCUAAAUCAAAUCAAACAGAUUCAACAAGUGCAAGAGUUAGGAGGGUGGGGCCAACCUGCUGAGACAUCUGCUGCAUCUGGUUGGUUUUCGGCACCUCCUUUGAACCCUCCAACUGCUCCUGUUUCAGUCACCUUGUCUACAAUAGCCACGACCCCGUAUAGCAUCAUUGGAGGACAAACACAGCUGCCUCCGACUCAAUUUCCCGUCACUCCCCUACCCCAGCAGAAUGCACAUCUGCAGACUGUCCUGCACCAUCAGCCCCUGCAAUACAGCCAGCCUCACCUGCAACAGGUCCCGCUCCUGUCAGGAUCCCAAACCCAGCUGCCUCCCCAUAGCACCUCCCCCUCUCUGAUAACCACAGCGGGGCCUCUGCUCCCCCCUGCCACCAGCAUCACAGCUGCCUCUGCCUCCACAGCUGUCAAUCAAGACACCGUCGCCACGGCAACCUUCUGCUCAUGCUCCUCCUCCACAUGCUCCUGCACCGCUGCUCUGCCUUCCAGUGCCAAACUUCACCCCAAUCCACCACCUCUUUAGGACCGCAGUGAGUUGGAGGCACACGUGCUGUUUUGGAGAGAAGGGCAUGAAUUGGAGGACUUCACAUUGACAGCUUGUCGGAGGGAUUAUGUACAGUAUCUUGUACAGGAAGGAUUAAGUAGCAAGCGUUGAGUGUUGGUGUGUGUGGGGUGUAUAAAUUAUGUAGUGUGUGUAUUUGUGUGCGCGUGUGUUUGUGUUGCAUUUAUUCGAUACAUAUCCUCCGUGUGUUUCCGCAAUGUCACAAGUUUCAUAAUCCAACUUCCAGCAGUUGGAGCUGAACUCUCCCUAUAUAGCGACAUGUUGGAAGCAAACGUUUCCGACAUGCAAUAUGAUCGUCUUAGUUUUUAUUUAUCAAUGCUAGAAAAAAUGAAAGGACUAUUUGAAUUUUAAAGUGCAAUUAGAUAUUUAAACUCUUUCAUCUUUUCUGUGUUGUUGUGAUCGGUAAAGCUUAAAAGAAAUAUUUUUUAUAUAUACGCACAGAAGCGACAACCAGACAGCAAAGCGCCAUCUCGAGAAGAUCGAGCACAACAGAUUCAGCAGGCAGUGAGAUCAAACACGGUUGAAGUGACAGCAGCAUGUUUCAGUGCAGAGCAUGGUAAACCAUAACCUUGCAACCAUCAUCAUAGCUAGAGAAACGGUGAAAACACUGUUGUGCAGUGUUGUGCACGGAUAAGGCAUGCUCCUCAUGUAUUAUAUUUUACAAUGACAGAUAGCAGUAACGUUUUAGGUUAGUGAAUAUUUUAUAGAAUAACAUAAAUAGCCAGUCAUUUUAAAACCCUGUGUUCUGAUUCUGAGAAAACAAACUCUUUGGCUCUUCAUUUGAUUUCAAACGAACAUAGCUAAUAUGAGUGCAGUAUUUUCCUCUCUGUUUUAGCAGAAGUUCAUACUUUUAAGGUUUACAAUAGUAACAUUAAUCCCAUGGUGAAGAGUGAAAGAGCAUACAGCUGUUCCGAAAGCUCAAGUGAAGUGAACGCAGCUUGUUCGUCUGUAUUUUGCACAGCCCUGUAUGAACGUGCUUCUGUGCACGCCAAACUGUGAUCUGUGAACUGUGAGUUUUCUUUUUGUGAACAUGACCCAUCAGCAGAACACUGGCAAAAAGGGGUACUUUUCAUCAAAUACAAGAUUUUAUGAACUGCCAAGCAAAUCGAACAUUGGGAGAACAUCCAGAAGUAGGUUGCCUUUCUGAUAUGUUUCCAGAGUAUAAAGCUCAUGUAUGUCAUUCCGCUGGAACAAAAUAUCAGUGCCCAGCCUUGGAAAAUAAGCAGAAACCUGAAAGGCACACAUGUAAAAUGUACAGUACACCGCAAAGCAACAGACACGCUUUUAACAACUAGUUAGACAUUCAAAAACAUGUUAUACCCAUGAUGAAAACUUGACCAUGCGCUCUGUUGGGGGGGAUUCAAUUCAAUGAGUCACCCUAUAGUUUGGAUAACAAAUGCUUUGGAUUUUUCAACAUUGGCAGAUAAACAUAAAGGAAUGUAUUGAAGGGCAUUGGGAAUAGAGAAUGAGUUGUGGGGGGAACAUUUGUUUUAAUUGUGCUAAUGCUUUUAGAUGUUAAAAAACAUGGCUGCUGCCUACAGAGUGUUGUGAUCAUUCAGUUUCCAGUAUUGUCCUGUUUUUAAAAACAAACCCAAAAACAUUGGUACAGUUGUGAGUAGCAAGGCUGUUGUAUCUUAAUUUAAACAUUAUCCAUUUGAUCUGUAUAAAUGGAAAAUGUCAAGAUAACCCUCUGCUGAAGUGUUACCAAAAUGUAAUUUAAAAGAAAGCAUUAUUUUUGUAUUUUGCAAAGGGGUUUUAAAAAUGUACAACUGUGUGCUGUUCAGUGUUGAGAAAGCUGUGGUUGUCAGAUAAGACACACGUCCUAACCACUGUCUUGUGUUCCCUUGGCCUGUAACAUUGUAACACAGCCUGAGAGUACCACAAGAUGCUAAAUUCAGAUUUAAAUUCUUUUUUUUAUUGUAAGCCAAAUCAUCCUGCAGUUUUAUGAUUAAAGUAAAACCAGGGGGACCCUAGAAUUACUUGACUGAGCACCAAUAAUAAAAGGUUAUUCAAGUGGAAAAUAAUCUUUAGGAGAUUAAACGUAUUGCUGGUGAUUUAGCUACUGUAAAUUGUAACUAAUUCAGCUGUUGGUUUUAUUUAUGUUUUGUAACUAAUCAAAAAUAAACAUCAAAUGU